UUUUCUUUAGCACUUGAAUGUUGCAUCGCAGCCCCACCGCCCCGAACGGGAAGAUACAAUCACCCUUUCUGAAUGGGCGAACCGCAAGCAACGAUGAUUUUACCAGUUUUACGGAACCCUGGGUUUGAGCAUUUUUUUGUGAGCCGUCAUCGCUGCUAGUUCUCGACAAGCUUCGGGAGACUACUCCGAACAACUCGAGUAACCUUGACGAAACCUAGCCUGUAGGUUUUUGUUUACUGAAGAUACACUGGAGAGGAGAUUGGAGCCAUGGUUUUUCUUUUUCAUCCCUCAAUGAAUUGAAGUAUAGUGGACCAAGGAGACUCCACCAACUUGCCCCUGUCACAAGCAGGGGCUUAUCUCACCCCAUCGCCUUUUCAAACUAUGGCAGGCUUUAAGCGGGGUUAUGAUGGCAAGAUUGCUGGGUUGUAUGACCUCGAUAAGACGCUGGGCCGUGGCCACUUUGCUGUGGUCAAGCUGGCACGCCAUGUUUUCACUGGGGAGAAAGUAGCUGUGAAGGUGAUUGACAAAACAAAACUGGACACAGCUGCGACAGGCCACCUUUUCCAGGAAGUCCGCUGCAUGAAGUUGGUGCAGCAUCCUAAUAUUGUACGCUUGUACGAAGUGAUAGACACUCAGACAAAACUUUACCUCAUCUUGGAGCUUGGUGAUGGAGGGGAUAUGUUUGAUUACAUCAUGAAACACGAUGAAGGUUUGAAUGAAGACUUGGCAAAGAAAUACUUCGCGCAGAUUGUUCAUGCCAUAUCCUACUGCCAUCGCCUGCAUGUAGUUCACAGGGAUCUCAAGCCAGAGAAUGUGGUGUUCUUUGAAAAACAAGGACUAGUUAAGCUCACUGACUUUGGAUUUAGUAAUAAAUUCCAGCCAGGGAAAAAGCUGACUACCAGUUGUGGAUCUCUGGCAUAUUCUGCACCCGAAAUACUGUUGGGUGAUGAGUAUGAUGCCCCAGCAGUAGACAUCUGGAGUCUCGGUGUGAUACUGUUCAUGUUGGUGUCUGGGCAGCCACCAUUCCAGGAAGCUAAUGACAGUGAAACCCUCACUAUGAUUAUGGACUGUAAAUACACUGUGCCGGCCCGUGUCUCCAGCGAUUGCAAGAAUCUGAUAGACCGCAUGCUCCAGAGGGACCCCAAGUGCCGAGCCUCCCUAGAAGAGAUUGAAAAACACAAAUGGCUACAAGGGGUUGAUCCAUCGCCAGCUACCAAGUACAACACUCCUUUGGUCUCUCACAGGAAUCUGUCAGAAGACGAGCAUAACAGCAUCAUCCAGCGCAUGGUGCUGGGUGACAUAGCUGACAGAGAGAAUAUAGUGGAUGCUUUAGAAACCAAUAAAUACAACCACAUCACAGCCACAUACUACUUAUUAGCAGAGAGGAUCCUGAGGGAGAAGCAGAUGGAGGUACAAACCCGCUCCUCCAGCCCCAGCAAUGUCAAGACACAUUUUCGACAGUCUUGGCCAACUAGGGCAGAAAUUCACCAGGACAUAGAGGAUGGUUUGUCAGCGUCGUCCAUCUCUCAAACUGGAGGCCCCCAGUCUCCUGCUCGUAGUUCAGAGAACCUCCUUAACGGACAUCGCGCCAAAGGCCGACUGGACCUGAGUCAAAGGGAAGAAUUCUUAGUGAAUGACCCAGUGGAGCCCCCAUCACAGGGGGACUGUGCUGCCAUCUUGGGGCCUGCCCCUGCCUCCGUUUCUGAGACCAUCAGUGCUCCCACUCCUUCCACCUCAGCAGACAAGCAGAAAAUAAGCCUAUUCAGAUUGGAUGAGGAUGAAGAAGAGGAAGAAGAGCAGGAUCCAUCUCCUCUACCACCCCAAGUAAUACUUAGACGUAAGCCUCCCUCCAUCACCAACCGACUUACCUCGAGGAAGAGCGCCCCUGUGCUCAACCAGAUCUUUGAGGAGGGGGAAUCGGACGACGACUUUGACCUGAAUGAAGCUCUUCCACCCAAACUCAGCCGACUCAAGAUGAGUGUAGCCGGGAAUGCCAGUAGCGUGAACCCCGGGGCCACCUCCUCUUCAUCCCCCCGAACCACCCAAAAGCGCUAUAACCGACGCAAGAGCCAGGGUAGAGGAUCAUCAUGUUCAAGCUCUGAGACGAGUGACGACGACUCCGAGAGCCACCGAAGGCGUCUGGACAAAGAUUCGGGCUUUGGCCAGGGGUGGAAAAGGAGGGACAGCAGCGAGGGGCCGCCGGGCAGCGAUGGCGGGAACGGGGGAGGCAACAGCUCGGGGCAAGGGAAACCUCCCCCAGAAGGAGACAACUCGUCUGGCACAGACAAAGGCAGUCCUUCUGGCGCAGGUAGUAAUGGAGCUGGAGAUGGUGGUGGGGGUGGCGGUGGGUUUGAAAGAAAAAGAGGGGUUAAUAAAGGACACAACGGCACAUCCAGUUGUAACGGUAGCAGUACUAAGCACUCCCUGAGGUCUUUGUCCAACUCCUCCCGCAUGGCAAACCAUGACAGUGAGAUAGUUGAGAGUCUGAGGCUGAUGAGCUUGUGCUUCUGCUCCCAUCUGCAGCACCACUGCGGUGGGCCAGGAGGUCAGCGAGGUAGCGAAGGGACAAGGUUCUUCCUAGAACCGUGCCGUGUAAACAUUCAGGAGAAAUCCCCUUGGAAAAUGUCUAUUAACUCCCCUGGGAACCUGGACACGGUCACUCUCCCCACUACCAUCACUAGCCUUUCUCUCACCCACGCCACAAAGUACCAUCACUGCAAAACUGUUCUGCACAGCCCCCUGGGCCUGCAGGUCGGAUCUGACAGCAGGAAUGCUCACAGCAACCCGAGUGCUAUGAAAAACAACAUGCUGCAACUACCUCUGUAUGAGAAGACCAUCUCAGUUAAUAUCCAAAGGACUGGAGGUUCCAGAGAUGGCCUUUUGUGCACCUCAGCUGCAGCCAGCUGCUGCCAUGUCAUCUGAAAAACUGUGUGCUACCAAACUUCACUUAGCUUAUACCAGUUUUAUUUUUAGACUUGUCUGUCAUCCUUUUAUUCAUUUUGAAAAUAUACUUGUUUUGAUGCUAGGUUAGGAUAAGCUAUGAUCCACUUUUUGAUGAGUGUUUAUUGCUAGCACCUUUUAGAUUUGUUACAGCAAUGUUUUUGUUUAGUGUCAUGUUGUUCACUGCAGUUUGAAACAUAUUAUGAGAAUGUGCAUAUUAAUAUUAGGAGGGAUUCAUUUAUAAAAAAGAGGAGAUACCAAAGUAAGAGUAUUUGGACAGUGUGAAGAGCAUUUUGGGAAUUCUGUUAAAAUUACAAGAAUUAAUCUUAAGAUAAAAAAUUAAAAAACUAUAUAAUUGGACAUUUUGUUUUAGCAUAAGAAAGUGUGGAGAACAAAUUAUUUUUUAUGUAGAGUGUAAGUUUUACCAGACAGUACUGUACACACACACCAUCAGUCAAAAAUGUUAAAACGUCCCAUUUUUUACAUGGAUUCAUUUUGGGGGCUCCUGGUUGCUGCUUUACACUCAAAAGAAAAAAAAUCCCUGCUAUUUCUUUUCAUGAACCAAAUAAUAAGUAGUUGUGAAUAUUAUGCUCUCUCCUUAUCUAGACCAGCAAAUAAAAAAUACUUAAAAAACUGGUGCAACGCUGUAAAGUAAAUCUAGCCUUGUGAUUAUUUCUGUGGUAUUACCAAAUGGGUGUCUAAGCUAUAUAUAAAAGCGCAUGAUAAAUUGUUCCAAUCCUUAAGAUGUUUUCUGGUCUCUUUGACUGCUGUUUUUAUCUGCUGUCCCCAAGUAAGUGGCAAUUAAGUGUUCCAUUGUUUCCCUCUGUGAAAUAAAAAUGUGAACCAGUCUCCGAAAUGCGUUUGAGAAGAAAAAGAAAAUAAUAUUAUCAAAUUGAACAAUCAAAUAAUUAGUCUAUAUUUGAUGCCUGUUUUCAUAUGUUAAAUUUGGCAAAGGAAAAGCCACCUUAAAAUAAAAGUGGACUUCUAUGUCACAUUUAACAACCUUGAUGUGUUUAUUUCAAACUGUGUCGAAAUGUGUGCAAAUCCCACAUCUGGCCAGAUCGCAUACCUUUUCAGGUGCAAACAUGCAUUUUAGUAUUUGACCU